CGCUCACGUGGAGACCGUUGAGCGCCAAGGCCGCGCCAAGACGUCAGGGCACGCGCAGACGCAUAGUGGUGCCCCGGCCCCCCGCUCUCCCUGCCUGUCUUUCUGAGGGGUUAUUGUUACCCUUCUGGUUAGAGGGGCCAGGCGGGUGGAAGGCGGCGGGUUCUGCGCAGGCGUCCCUAGUGUCCCGACGCCUGGCUGUCUGCGGGGUGGGGCGGAGGCUCGUGUCCCAGCCUGCAGAUCCUGGCGGGAGACGUAGCUCACAAGAAAUGGGAAGGAGAGGCCUCCCGUUGUACAGCCUGGCGGGAUGAAUGGAGAAUCUGCUGCCCCGCCGGAUGGAGUCGAGUGGCUCCCUUGCCCUCAUCUUGGGUCUUAAGCGACGAGGUUUCAUUUCAUCAGUGCAAGGCCACAGGCGACCUGGAUUUGGGAGUUGGCAGCAGACUGAAAGGGUGGAGUGUUUUGGAAUGCCUCAACUUGUUAUGAGAGGGCCAAAGUGUUUAAUAGGCAUUAAUUGAAUGCCAACUACUUCCAGGCUUCGUGCAAGGAGCUGCAGGAGAUUCGGUGCUAAGAGACCGCCAUCCCAUCUUCUCUGUCUGUUUGCAGGACAGAUUUGUGCAUCCGUUCCAAUAGAAGGCAGUGAAUUAAGGGUGAUUGAAGAUUUUCCCCCUUUCUAAAAUAAUUUACUAUUGUAAAAACUAAUUCCUGAACAGAAGACGAAUUUUAAAUAGUUGGAGGAAAAUUUGUGGGUAAAUGCACAGUAAAGUCUUAAUUACUAAGUAGUGUGCUCCAAUUCAGGUUAAUUUAAAUUAAUAAAAUAAGCUUUUCCCCCAUCAAGAAUUGAAACUAUUUCAAAUAUAUGUUCAUGUGUUUUUGAGUUGCAGUAAGUAGAUGAUUUUACAUACAUUUGAAUCUGUAGAGGUUGAAGACAAUACUGUGCCUUAACAACUGAUUUGUUGUCCUUGUAUGAGAUGUUGUGCCUUAGAUAAUUUAAAAAGGUGGGCUAGGCAUCUGAUUGUUUUUCUGGAAAAUUUGCUUUUUUAUUGUCUGUGAUUUCUGUGGUAAAGGCGGUUGACAGUAGGCUAGGAGAGGGAAGAGAUCAGAUAGGCAGAGAAUAAAGAAUUUUAGAGAAAAGCUUCUAAGAGGAACUAUUUUUCCACCAUUUUUUAAACGUUUCUGGAAAUCUCAGUAAACUUGGCAAGACUGACCUGGCCAACGCAGCUAGCUUGGAAUCCUGCCAGGAUCAUGGAUUUUCCCGGUCACUUUGAACAGAUUUUCCAACAGCUGAACUACCAAAGACUUCAUGGCCAGCUCUGUGAUUGUGUCAUUGUAGUGGGGAAUAGACAUUUCAAAGCCCACCGCUCUGUGCUGGCAGCAUGCAGCACACAUUUCCGAGCUCUCUUCUCAGUGGCAGAAGGAGAUCAGACCAUGAACAUGAUUCAGCUGGAUAGUGAGGUGGUGACAGCGGAGGCCUUUGCUGCACUGAUUGACAUGAUGUACACUUCUACCCUCAUGCUAGGGGAGAGCAAUGUUAUGGAUGUCUUGUUGGCAGCCUCUCACCUGCAUUUGAACUCUGUUGUUAAGGCAUGUAAACAUUACCUGACGACAAGGACACUGCCCAUGUCGCCCCCCAGUGAGCGUGUGCAGGAGCAGAGUGCCCGCAUGCAGCGCUCCUUUAUGCUACAGCAGCUGGGACUAAGCAUCGUGAGCUCAGCCCUUAAUUCUAGCCAGAGUGUCGAGGAGCAACCCGCUCCCAUGAGCUCAUCGAUGCGCAGUAACCUGGACCAGCGGACACCCUUCCCUAUGAGGCGCCUUCAUAAGCGCAAGCAGUCUGCAGAGGAGCGGGCCAGGCAGCGCCUCCGGCCCUCCAUGGAUGAAUCUGCCAUUUCAGAUGUCACAGCAGAGAACGGGCCUUCGGGGGUUCAUGCUCGGGAGGAGUUCUUUUCACCAGAUUCUCUGAAAAUUGUGGAUAAUCCUAAACCCGAUGGAAUGACUGACAACCAGGAAGAUAGCACUAUCAUGUUUGACCAAUCUUUUGGUGCUCAAGAAGAUGCCCAGGUGCCCAGCCAGUCAGACAACAGUGCCAGCAACAUGGCACAGUUGUCGAUGGCCUCUCGUGCAACUCAGGUUGAGACUAGUUUUGAGCAAGAAGCUGUAACUGAGAAAAGUGGUUUCCAGUGUGAAAAUGCUGAGGUUGGCCUUGGUGAGAAGGAGCACAUGAGAGUGGUGGUUAAAUCGGAGCCCCUGAGCUCACCUGAGCCUCAGGAUGAAGUGAGUGAUGUGACCUCCCAAGCAGAAGGCAGCGAGUCUGUGGAAGUGGAAGGAGUUGUGGUCAGUGCAGAGAAGAUAGACCUCAGCCCUGAAAGCAGUGAUCGGAGUUUUUCAGAUCCCCAGUCCAGCACGGACAGGGUAGGUGACAUCCACAUUUUGGAAGUCACAAAUAACCUAGAACAUAAGUCCACAUUUAGUAUUUCAAAUUUUCUCAACAAGAGCAGAGGAAGUAACUUUAGUGCAAAUCAAAACAAUGAUGAUAACAUCCCAAACACCACUAGUGACUGCCGGCUGGAGGGCGAGGCCCCUUACUUGCUGAGUCCAGAGGCUGGGCCUGCAGGCGGCGGCGCCUCUGCCCCUGGCUCCCAUGUGGAGAACCCAUUCAGUGAGCCAACAGACUCCCACUUUGUGAGGCCCAUGCAGGAGGUGAUGGGCCUGCCAUGUGUGCAGACCUCAGGCUACCAGGGAGAGCAGUUUGGGAUGGAUUUUUCCAGGUCUGGACUGGGACUCCACUCCUCCUUUUCCAGAGUAAUGAUGGGUUCCCCAAGAGGAGGAGCCAGUAACUUUCCAUACUAUCGCCGCAUAGCUCCCAAAAUGCCAGUUGUAACUUCUGUUAGGAGUUCACAGAUCCCAGAAAACUCUGCCAGUUCCCAACUAAUGAUGAAUGGGGCUACAUCCUCAUUUGAAAAUGGCCAUCCUUCCCAACCUGGCCCUCCGCAGUUGACCAGGGCAUCUGCUGAUGUCCUGUCAAAGUGCAAGAAGGCCUUAUCAGAGCACAAUGUCUUGGUUGUAGAGGGAGCUCGCAAGUAUGCCUGCAAAAUCUGCUGCAAAACUUUUCUGACUUUGACAGAUUGCAAGAAGCACAUCCGUGUUCACACAGGUGAAAAGCCGUAUGCCUGCCUGAAGUGUGGCAAGAGGUUUAGUCAGUCCAGCCACCUGUAUAAACAUUCAAAAACUACUUGCCUGCGCUGGCAGAGCAGCAACCUUCCCAGCACUUUGCUCUAACUGCCCCCGUGAGACAAUGCCGGGGCCAGUUGUGGGACUGAAACUAAAAUUGCUUUUAAUGAGCAGUUAAUGCCUUUGGGUUUGAGGCUUCAGCUGCCCAGUGGCUCUUGCAAAUUUCAGCUCUUAAGUGGGCAGCCUACAGGUAGCAUUUGGCUGUGGCAUUUCUGAGUGAAGUGCACACCUCGGGAAUGGGAUGCAGUAGUUCCCUGGAACCGAGUUCUUCCUUAGGGCUGAGUAAUGCAGUCAUAAAAAUAGUUUGUAAUUGAUGUUGUUUGAAGUGGCACACUUAAAAAUUAAAAAUGGAAGUGCAAAACAAUUUUUUAUCAAUUUUUAUAAAGCUCUGUGAAGCAUUUAAUUAAACUUCCUAUACCCCUGAUGGGAAUAUUAUAUCCCUGUACAGUGAUGCAAAAUGCACUUAUGUGUAACCAGUGGUGACUUGGUGCCUGUCUCAAAGGAAGACCCUUGAGGACAUACCUGUCUGCCACAAAUGCUUUAAAUGCUGAGAUAGUCCUAGGCCUCAGAAAGUACUGUAUUUUUUAUUUUUGUCUGAUUUGCAGUCACAGACACUGCACUUUGAUGGUGCUGACACUGGGUCCAGGCGAGCAUUCUCUUGGACUAAUAGGUGUAUAUACUUUUGAGUACAUCUGUUGGGUAGAUGUUUUAAACAGUUUGUUUUUUCCGGUUUUAAAGACAAAGUUGUAAAUGCAGUAUGUACUUAUAGGGAGUGACAAGUAAGGUAUUGUUUCUGUAUGUGCUGUUUUAGCAGAAUUUUAACCAAUUUGUGUUACCAAUGUUGCAGUUCCAUGUUUGGAAGUCAGAAAAGAGCUAGUUGUUUGUCUUUGUUCUGAUGAUGUGGAGUCAUGUUUUGUGGCAGUUUCAUGAUCCAUUGCCUUUUUGCUCCAUCAGACACUAAAGGCCGAAUUUAACACAUCCCAUCUGAGGACAAGCCCAUUUUCCACUGUUUCUUCAUGCUCCCCUUCCCCAUAUGGCCUUUCUCCCUAGAUGACUGAUUCAGUUACAGACUAACCAAAAAUACUGUCAUCUCCCAUGGGUUUUUAUUACUGUUAUAUACUAUUCUUUAAAAGUAUAGACCCAUAACUUUACUGUUGCUUCCCGAUACUGAGGGUUUAAAAUCGUUUGAUAUCCAAAUGUAGUAGCAUUCACAGACCAGUCUUUUCCAAGCUUUGUAAGAGAUGAGGCAGCCCACAGCACAGAAGUCACCCAGUAGCAUCUGAGACUGCAGGAGAGGCAUUUGAGUCACUGCCCAGGGCCUCCUGGGGCCUCUUGUCUCACUUCCCCCACCCCACCUUGCUGUUCUCUGAUACUGUGCUGUUGGGGCUGUUAAUGGCACCCAUGUUUGGCCAUCCCCUUGCUCGUGUACCCAGGGGAACAGCCCAGGUUCAUGUGUCUCUGUAGAACUCAGUUUAGCUCAUUUUGUUUUUUAUACAACUUUCUUUGAAAUAACUAAACCAUUGUGCAUAAUUCAGAGAAUUUAUUCAGUUCUUAUGUUUAGAAAGUUAAGUAUUUAUGUGUAGUUUAAAACAAAAAUAAGUGUGUGCCCUCUCCUCUUAAUGUAGUAUGUACAAUACACAUCUGUGGAUAAAUCUAAUGUUCAUAGAAGGCUUGGUGUCUCCUAUGAACCGA